GGGAUUUCAGCCUCGGCAUUAACUUGCCCGGGGAGCCGGGAUUGCACAAAGCUCCCCCGGCCAUCUGCCCUUGGGGGCCGGCGGCGCAGCGCCUGCCCGCCGCGCUGGGCAGGGCAGGGCAGGGCUGGGCAGGGCAGGGCAGGGCUGGGGGGGUGUGUUUUGGGGGUUCCCCCGGCCCCGAAGUUCGCUGCUCCGCCGGGAGCCCCUCGCCGCAGAGCUCCCUCCCGGUCCCUCCUGCUGAUGAGCUCUGCCUUUGUCCUGACCAUGAAAGAGAGAGGAGAUCUCAGGUAGCCCCAUGGAUUGCAGCUGAAGGCUUUGGGAACUUGGUGCUCGUUGCCAAAAGGCAGAAUUGGACAGGAAUCCUCGCCACCACCACAGGACACAGCGGGAGAAGCCAAGGCCAGCCCUGCCCCAGUCACCCCCGUGACCACCCAGCACCUGCCGGGACCACCACGGAUCUGGGCACCGACCUGCUCACGCUGACACAACCAUCCUUUGGGAAAAAGGAAUUUCAGCUCCAAGCAGUCUCUCUUGUCAGAGUUGUACUGAUGACCAGAUGCUCUAUUUAUUUUAUGUGCUAAUGUUCUAACACCCAAAUAAUUAAGGCAGACACAGUUUGAGGCACUUUCCACAGCGACGCAUUUGGAGCAGACCAGAAGGUUGAGGAAAACCUGAUCCAGCACCAUCUCACGGCCUCCAAUUUACUCCUAUCAAAUUUCAUCAGCAGCUCAGAACUUGAUCUUUGUAUUGAUUGACUGGAGUCACCUCUAGAUAUUUUCAUGCUGAUUUGGAAGACCUUUCGUACAAUAAAAGGGGGAAAAAAUGAGGUUAAGGAAGACUUUUGACCACUGAUCAGCAACUCUGGCCAAAACUUUCCCAAUCAAGCGAAUUGCAAAGUUGGCUUCUGUGCCAAGAGGAACUUUCCAAGUCCAGAUACAGCGUGCAGAGUGGGAUCAUCCCUGUUCCUGUCUGGAUCUCCUUCGACUGGAGCAUUUUUAGAUGAGGAGUUUCCAUGCUGAUCCCGAGAGCCACCCCUAGCCCAGCAGCCGCCUUCCUCGGGACUCUCGGCACUGCCCUCGCCCAGGGAUCCCGCGCUUGGCCGCAGCUGCCAUGCUCUACCUGGCUGCUCUCCUCGUGCACUGCGUCCCCCUGGCCAUGGGGCAGUAUGACAUUUGCAAGUCCUGGGUGACCACGGAUGAUGGCCCAUCAUGGGAGUUUUAUGCUUGCCAGCCCAAGGCCAUGCGGAUGAAGGAUUACGUGACCGUGCGGGUGGAUCCGGCAGGAAUCACUUGUGGGGAUCCUCCGGAGAGGUUCUGCACCCAUGAGAACCCGUACCUGUGCAGCGACGAGUGCGACGCCUCCAACCCCGACCUGGCCCACCCGCCCAAGCUGAUGUUCGACAGCGAGGACGAGGGGCUGGCCACUUACUGGCAGAGCGUGACGUGGCGCCGGUACCCGGAGCCGCUGCUGGCCAACAUCACCCUGUCCUGGAACAAGAGCAUCGAGCUGACCGACGACAUCGUCAUCACCUUCGAGUACGGGCGCCCCACCAUCAUGAUGCUGGAGAAGUCUCUGGACAACGGGAGGACUUGGCACCCGUACCAGUAUUACGCAGAUGACUGCAUGGAGGCCUUCAGCAUGCCAGCACGGAGGGUCCGGGACCUCUCCACCACCAGUGCCAACAGGGUCCUCUGCACGGAGGAGUAUUCCCGCUGGGCGGGCUCCAAAAAAGAGAAAACCGUCCGGUUUGAGGUGCGGGACCGCUUCGCCAUCUUCGCUGGCCCCGACCUCAAGAACAUGGACAACUUGUACACGCGGCUGGAGAGCGCCAAAGGGCUCAAGGACUUCUUCACCGUGACCGACCUGCGCAUGAGGCUGCUGAGGCCCGCCCUGGGGGGCACCUACGUGCAGAGGGAGAACCUGUACAAGUACUUCUACGCCGUCUCCAACAUCGAAGUCACCGGCAGGUGUAAAUGCAACCUCCACGCCAACCUGUGCACCUUCAAAGAGGGCAGCCUCCAGUGCGAGUGUGAGCACAACACCACGGGCCAGGACUGUGGCAAGUGCAAGAAGAACUUUCGCUCCAGGUCCUGGCGAGCAGGGUCCUACCUGCCCCUGCCCAACGGGUCCCCCAAUGCAUGUGCAGCUGCAGGCUCAGCCUUUGGCAACUGCGAGUGCUACGGCCACUCCAACCGCUGCAGCUACAUCGACUUCCUGAACGUGGUGACCUGCGUGAGCUGCAAGCACAACACGCGGGGCCAGCACUGCCAGCACUGCCGCCUGGGCUUCUACCGCAACAGCUCCGCCGAGCUGGACGACGAGAAUGUCUGCAUAGAAUGUAACUGCAACCAGAUCGGCUCCAUGCACGACCGCUGCAACGAGACCGGCUACUGUGAGUGCAGGGAAGGCGCCACGGGGCCCAAGUGCGACGACUGCCUCCCCAACUACUACUGGAGACAGGGCUGCUUCCCCAAUGUCUGCGACGACGAGCUCCUGCUCUGCCAGAACGGCGGCACCUGCUACCAGAACCAGCGCUGCAUCUGCCCCGUGGGCUUCAAGGGCGUGCUGUGCCAGCAGUCCAGGUGUGAAGUGGACAAAAAGGACUGUGACGGUGCCCCCGGUGCCGGUGGCAGCCUGGCCGCCGUGGCGCUGGGGCUGCUCGCCCUGCAGCUGCCAGGCUGGGUGGAUCUCUGAGGCUGCACAGCCCGAGGGACAUGGGGACACCGAGGUGACGGGUGGCCGUCCCCACCGCCUCCUCCGCCUUCCUUCACGCUAGGACUUGCACGACGUCUUUCGGGCCACUUUCCAAGCAGAGAGGUACGCAGGGAGCUGAGCGCUGCCCGCGGAGCCAGCCCGGGGUGCCCGCUGGGGACACGGGGACAUCAGCAGCCUGUGGGGACACGGCCCGUCCCUGCGCACAGGGACUCUGUCCUGCUCCGCACAGGGCGGCCCGGGCUCCGGGCAAAACAGUGCCGCGAUCCGAGGGAUGGUUUUUUUUUAUUAUUCCUUUAUUUACUUUGGUAUAGGCUGGGGUGUUGUUUUUAUUUUCCCUCCUCUUAGCGUCCUGGUUUGGAAGAGCCGGUGAUGACAAGAGCAGAGCCCCAGCACACAGCAGGCAGGGGACAGGAGGGAGGGGAGAGGGGACUCUGGUCCAUCCCUGCUGCAUAGCCCCACAUCCCACCACAGGCCUGGCCUGGCCACGCACAUACUGUUGCCUACGACUGUAGUUGCUGCAUUGAUUUUGUAUUUUCAUGGCUGGGUUUUCUUUUCUUGCACUUAUGGAGAGCACAGGGGCCGCGAGGCGUUUGGAACUUGAGGAGUGCAGUGUCUUAUCCACACAUGUCCGUAUGGUGUACGGGUCAAAUUCUUUUGGUAGAGACUUAUUUUUGUUUGGAUUAAAUGUUAUAACAGAACCACGACCUAAAGGGACAUUUUAUCAUGAGCAUUUGAUUCUGGUGUAUCCUCCUCCAGUAAAGCAACUAUUAAUGGCUGCUUGAUCACCACGUUUUCCUUUUUGUGUGCACAGUUAAUUACAGGUAAAGACUUAUUUUUUGAUUCAUAA